AUGAAGAAUGUAUUCAAGUUCCUUGCAGUUACUAAACCGGAGAUUUCUACCGGUAUUAACCGGCUUUUCAAGAGCUUCAAGACAAUUUCUCAACUCUUUGCUUACAAGGAAGAAGAAGAGAAUGAAGAUGGCGAGACGUCAGGAAUGGAGAUAGGAGUUCCGACAAACGUAAAACACGUAUCGCACAUCGGUUGGGAAAGCGGUUUAAACGCGGUUUCAGGUCCCGGUAAAGGAUGGGAUGAUCUCAUACCGCCCGAAUUGCUUGCAGCCGCUGCUACUAAACAAAAUCUCAUUCCUCAUCUUCAACCAUCUUUAUAA